AUGUUUAACUACAUAUCUACGUCACGGCACCCAGAAACUGGAACUCCAAUGCACCAAGAGAGAGGCUUCCUACGAAUAAACCCUGGGACCAAUCAACUGGCUUUCAUUGUGAGUCAUAAUUUUGGACUUUCCACCAUUGAGGAGGGUCAUUUUGAUGCUGACAAGAAAGAAAUAAAACUACAAACUGUUAAUGUUGCUAGGACAUCUUUUGCCAAACUACCUCAUGUCCAAAGCUUCAAACGAGAGAUAAGGCUAUUGUCGCCAGACACUUUAGAGAUAGUUUUGUUUAUGAAGACUGAUGAUACACCAAUGAGCGAACACUUAACGGCAGUUUAUAAUAAAAAAUUGUAA